AUGAAUCCUUUGAUAUUUGCUACUUCCGUUAUUGCUGUUGGAUUAUCCGUAGGCCUUGCUUCUAUUGGACCUGGCAUUGGUCAAGGCACUACUGCGGGACAAGCUGUUGAAGGUAUUGCGAGACAACCAGAGGUGAAGGGUAAAAUACGAGGCACCUUACUGCUAAGUUUAGCUUUUAUGGAAGCUUUAACUAUUUAUGGAUUAGUUGUAGCUCUGGCACUUUUAUUUGCUAAUCCAUUUGUUUGAUCUCGGAGACCAAAAUCCGUAUUCUUCGGGAUUUUAAAGACCCCCCUCUAUCAAUUUUCUUGUUCAGCCAAUAGG